AGCCUUUGGCACAAUGAAGUGGGUAACUUUUAUUUCCCUUCUCUUUCUCUUCAGCUCUGCUUAUUCCAGGGGUGUGUUUCGUCGAGAUACACACAAGAGUGAGCUUGCUCAUCGGUACAAAGAGUUGGGAGAAGAUUAUUUUAAAGCCUUGAUGCUGGUUUCCUUUUCUCAGUACCUCCAGCAGUGCCCAUAUGAAGAUCAUGUGAAAUUAGUAAAUGAAGUAACUGAGUUUGCAAAAACAUGUGUUGCUGAUGAGUCAGCGGAAAAUUGUGGCAAGUCAUUGCAUACUCUUUUUGGAGAUAAAUUAUGUACAGUUGCAACUCUUCGUGAAACCUAUGGUGAAUUGGCUGACUGUUGCGAGAAACAAGAUGAGGAGAGAAACGAAUGUUUCCUGAAACACAAAGAUGAUAACCCACCUUUCCCUCCAUUGGUGAGACCACCUGCUGAUGCUUUGUGCACUGCAUUUCAUGAAAAUGAGCAGAAGCUUUUUGGAGAAUACUUAUAUCAAGUUGCCAGAAGACAUCCUUACUUUUAUGCCCCAGAACUCCUCUACUAUAGUAAAGAGUAUAAAACUGUAUUGACAGAAUGCUGCGAAGCUGCUGAUAAAGAUGCCUGCCUGACACCAAAGCUGGAUGCUUUGAAAGAAAGUGUAUUGACAUCAUCUGCCAAACAGAGAUUGAGAUGUGCCGCUCUCCACAAAUUUGGAGACAGAGCUUUCAAAGCAUGGAGUGUAGCUCGCCUGAGCCAGAGAUUUCCCAAGGUUGACUUUGCAGAAGUUUCUAAGUUGGUGACAGAUCUCACCAAAGUCCACAAGGAAUGCUGCCAUGGAGAUCUACUUGAAUGUGCAGAUGACAGGGCGAACCUGGCCAAGUAUAUGUGUGACAAUCAAGACACACUCUCCAGUAAACUGAAGGAGUGCUGUGAGAAGCCUGUGGUUGAAAAAUCCCACUGCCUUUCUAUGGUAGAAAACGAUGAUAUACCUGCUGAUCUGUCUCCAUUAACUGCAGAUUUUGUCGAGGACAAAGAUGUAUGCAAAAACUAUGCUGAGGCAAAAGAUGUCUUCCUGGGCACGUUUUUGUAUGAAUAUUCAAGAAGGCACCCUGAGUACUCUGUCGUUCUGCUGUUGAGACUUGCCAAGGCAUAUGAAGCCAAACUGGAGCAGUGCUGUGCCACUGCUGAUCCUCAUGCAUGUUAUGCCCAUGUGUUUGAUGAAUUUAAACCCCUUGUUGAUGAGCCUAUGAGUUUAGUCAAAAACAAUUGUGAACUUUUUGAGCAACUUGGAGAGUAUGGAUUCCAAAAUAGAAAUAUAUAUAAGGACUGGAGAACAAGAGAUAAAGUAGUUGAUGGGAUGAAGAAGUCUCUGUCUGUGGUUCUGAACCGGCUGUGCGUGCUACAUGAGAAGACACCAGUGAGUGAAAAGGUCACCAAAUGCUGCACAGAAUCCUUGGUGAACAGGAGGCCGUGUUUCACUGCUCUGGAAGCUGACGAAACAUAUGUUCCCAAAGAAUUUAACGCUGAAACAUUCACCUUCCAUGCUGAAUUGUGCACUCUUCCUGAGGAUCAGAAGCAAACCAAGAAACAAACUGUGCUUGCUGAGCUGGUGAAACACAAGCCCAAGGCAACAGAUGAACAACUGAAAACAGUGACAGGAGAUUUCACAGCUAUGGUGGAGAAGUGCUGCAAGGCUGACGACAAGGAGGCCUGCUUUGGUGUGGAGGGUCCAAAACUUGUUGCUGCAAGUCAAGUUGCAUUAGCUUAG